AGUUCACUAUUUUUCUUGAUAAAUUUCGACUGUAUGGAAUUGAUCUGGUAGUCACUGAAAAGAAGUUCGUCAAUAUAUAUUUCAGGAUAAUUCAAAGUUUGGCAUGUUCUCUAUAUAUUUGUAACAAUAUCAAUAAUUGUGCAUUGUGCAUAAUGUUUAUAUCAAUAAUCGCUUGAUUUCUGAAAAAUAUUCUAAAUUUCUAAAAGUUGAGUUCAUACAGUAUCUGUCAAGGAUGCAUCUAUAUCCCAUUUUUUCAUUUUGUACAUGCAGGAUGCAGACGCUGAGGGCUCAAUUUUUCAUAAUGCAACUUUGCGAGAGAAGAUGUGAAUUUACUGGAGCAAACCUUCGUGGGGCCUUAUUAGCAGCUGCUAAUCUCCAGAGUGCCAAUUUACAAGAUGCUUGUUUGGUGGAUUGCAGCUUCUGCGGAGCAGAUUUACGCUCUGCACACCUUCAGGGGGCUGAUCUAAGUAGUGCGAACUUAGAGGGAGCUAAUCUUGAAGGAGCAAAUUUGAAGGGCGCAAAACUUUCAAACGCCAAUUUGAGAGGUGCAAACCUACAACGAGCCUAUUUGCGAUAUGUGAAUCUUCAAAAUACUCAAUUGGAAGGUGCAAGGCUGGAUGGGGCAAAUUUACUGGGAGCAAUCAGAUGAACUAGUGUUUAAGGUGUAUGAUUCAAGGAAUAUCACUAUGCUUUUAUAAGUAUAUAGCAUGCA